UUGUCAUUUGAUUUUAUUUUUUUGAGACGGGCCGAUGGGAAAUUUUUAGUUAACUCCUUACAGCAAGAACUGGCACACACACACACACAAACACACUCUGCUGCACCUACACACUAAGACCACUAAGAAAGAAGGACACGAGCCUCUCCACUAUGAUUAAGAGAAGACAGGAGCCCUCCAGCCGCCCAAAGGAAGGUGAUGGCGACUACGAUCUGUGUGCCCUCUGCCUGGACCAGAUCCGGGUUCCGGAGAAGCUCCAGUGCAACCACACCUUCUGCAAGAGCUGCCUGGAGAUCUACAGAGAGGCCAGGUGCUGGGUGGCCGAGCGAUGUCCUGUUUGCCGGCACCUUCUGGACGAUCCAGUCUCCUCCAAGCAGGAAACUGAUGAAUGGUUGCUGUUUGGUUUUGUGCUAAUGGUGCUGAUGGUAUUCAGCGUGGGACCCUUUUACCUGCUGCUGCUCUAUUGGUAGACCCUGGACCAGACCAGACAAGACCAGAAUAUGUACGUUUCUACUUAGAUAGACGCAUGACAGAUACGUGCAAAGUUUUCAGUGGAUUUUAAUUAAGCCCAACGGAAGCCAUUAAAUGCCAAGUGGUAUUUGCUUUGUUCUGCA